AUGAGUUCAGAAAGCCCAAACAAUGAAGGUUCAGCAACCAAUACUCCAACUGUAGAAGAGGAUAUCAAGAAACAACAACAAGAACCACAGGCCGAAGCUACUGAAUCUAAUGGAGUGAGUACUAGUCCUAGCGUAAGUGGCAAUGACAGUGCUAGCGGCAACGAAGACGACGAAGAAGAAGGAGAACAAGAAUCACAACUAGAGGAAGGUGAGUCUGAAGCACUGACUGAUAAAGAACAAAGUGAAGAACCAGCACAAGUCCAAGAGCAGGAAGCAACUAAUAUCGAAGAUACUACACAACAAAUUGUAGCGGAUGACACGUCAAAUCAAGUUGAGGAAAAUCAAGAAGAGGCGGUACCGGUAGAAGUAGAAGAAGAGGCAGUGCUGGAAGAAAUAGAAGAAGAAUCGGAAUUACCUGAAACUUCAGAAUUUCCAACUGAACAACCAUCUAUAGAAAGCUCUGCUCAACCGGAAAAUACAGAAGAAACAGGAAAAGAUUCAAGUAUGGCCCCAGAAGAUGCCGAAAUUCUUUCACAAUUCAAAGAGCCAGAACCAGAAAUAACUCAGGAUACAGGAACAGCGGAAGCAUUACAAGAAUCAACACCACAAAAUGAAAACGCAGAACAAAUCGACGAGGGGAUCCAACUAGAUAUACCUGACUUGGAUGAACCAGAAGAAAAUAAUGAUAAUGAUUUAAUUCCUACAGGCGUUCCUAACGAAUCAGUUUCUGAAUUUGAACAACCUGAACCCAAGGCAGAACCUCAACCAGAAACAGAAGUAGAACAAGUGCAGGAGCAAGCAGAAGAAAAGGAAGAAAUAAAUGAAUACCAAGAAGCGGAAAUGAGACAAGAAAUGGGCGAGGAAGAAGAGUUAAGGAAGAUUCAAGCUGAUGAUCCCUCCUUUGACGCUGAUUUUAAUGUGGAUGAGCUCGAUAAAUCGAAAGAUGAUUUUGACACUUCGUUCUUGGAUGUACCCGAAGAUGAAGAUCAGUUUGAUGAAGAUAUUGAGAUGACAAAUGUCGAAGAUGAGGAGGAAAAGGAAGAAGAAACUGGCGAGGUUACAAAGGAUGAACCAACUGCUGCGGAAACGAAAGUGGAAGAUGAAGCCAAACCCGAGGUAGAAGAACUAUCUAAGCAAGAUGAACAGGAAGACAAAAUAGAAGAAGAUAAGACCCAGGAUAUCGUUGACCUUCCGGGAUCGGAAAGUACCGCUGAACCAAGUAUAUCAGAGAAGCCCAACGAAGACGAACGUGUUUCUACUGCUGCAUCUACAGUUUCAGUUGUUGAACAUAUUAAAUCAGAAGCUCCACCUCCUUCUACAGAUAACCAAGAAAAUAAGCUCGAACAACAAGUGCAAGCACCUCAAGCACCAGAUGCAAUUGUCGAAGACGAGGAAGAAGAAGACGAAGAAGAGGAAGAAGAAGGCGAAGAAGAUAAUCAAGAGAAACAAGCAUAUACCAAACAAACUCAUUUAAUUGUGAUUCCAUCGUAUGCAAGUUGGUUUAAUAUGAAGAAGAUUCACAAGAUAGAAAAGGAGUCAUUACCAGAAUUCUUUGAUACCAAUCAUCCAUCCAAAUCUUCCAAGCUUUAUGUCAAUUAUAGAAAUUUCAUGAUCAAUUCUUAUAGAUUAAACCCUAAUGAGUUUUUAACCUUAACUUCCUGUCGUCGUAAUUUAGUUGGUGAUGUGGGAACAUUGAUGAGAGUACAUCGAUUCCUAAAUAAAUGGGGAUUGAUAAAUUAUCAAGUAAAACCACAAUUCAAACCAGGAUAUGCAGUUGAAAAGAUGCCGAAUGGUCAGUCGGUAGAUUUGCCUUUUACUGGUGAUUAUCAUGUCAAGUAUGAUACCCCGAGGGGACUCUUUCCAUUUGAUACUUCAAGAAUCCCACCUGAACGAAUUGAUGUUACUAAUUUGAAGAAGCUUUUGGUAGGACCGGAGACAACUAGUGCAACAACAGCAAGUAGUGGAAGUUCAAAUGCCGAUGCUUCCAGGGGUGCUUCAGCAGGUUCUGCGGCUGAUCAGAAUGGAAAUCAUGAUAAUAGAAAGCAUGGACUAGAAGAUAAUGAAAGUAGUCAAGUGACAAAGAAACAACGAGUGAAUGAUGGAUGGACUUCCGAAGAAGAAAAUCAAUUAAGUAUUGCUGUUAAGAAGUUUAAGAAUGAUUGGUUUAAGAUUGCUGCAGAAGUAGGAACGGAUAAGACUCCAGAACAAUGUAUUUUGAAAUUCUUGGGGUUGGAUAUUGAAGAUUCCUUAAAUCCAUUCAAUGAUGAAAACAGUCCCGUUCUGAAGUUGUUGAAAUUUGCUCCUAAUUAUCCCAUCAGUUCUAUUGAUAAUCCUGCAUUGGCUAAUUUGGCAUUUUUGACCAGAUUGGUGGAUAGUGAUGUUGCCAAAGCUGCCAGUGAAGCUGCUAGAAAAGCAAUUGAUUCAUGUAUAGAAAAGAAGGUUAAUGAAGUGUAUAAUAAGUCUCAGGGUGAAGAAGGAAAGCUUAAGAUGGAAGGAAGUAGUGAUGCAGUUGAAUUACCGGUAGCAUCUGAACAGAAUGGUUCGGUUGAUAGAGAACCUGAUGUUAGAGAUGCUGUUGGUACUGCUUUUGGUAUUGUGGGUGGUAGAAGUCAUUUAUUUGCUAGUUAUGAAGAAAGAGAAAUGCAUAAGAUUGCUGCUAGUAUUGUCAAUCAAGAAUUAUCCAAGAUUGAACAAAAGUUGAAUAAGAUUGAGCAAUUAGAGAGAAUCUAUGAAACGGAACAUCAGAAUUUGCUUAGACAACAACAGGAUGUAUUCAUUGAUAGAUUAGCCUUGUCGAAAUCUUCAAUCAACGUGAUUAAAAAGUUAGAAAAUGCGAUUGAAUUAAUUGAAACUAAUGCAGGAAAUGAAAAUUCAGAACGCAAAGCAAAUGUCGCCCUGUUGUUAAGUGAGGCUAAAUCCUUAUUGUAUAAACCAGCUAGACAAAUGUUGGUAUCUAGUUCUUCAGCUUCGGCAGUGACUGAUGCAACUACAAAUCAACCAUCCAAACAAGAAACAACUGCAAAUAUAGAUGAGGAUGAUUAUAAACCAUUAUCGUUGAAAUCUCCUCAAAACUUCAAAGUAUGGGUUCCUUAA